UCUUGGAUGAUUUUUCUCGCUCGCCUGGUUGGCACCGCUGCUCCCGGCUGUCAUGGAGAGUCUGGAGUAGCUGGGGAUCGGACUGUUUCCAGACUGCUCUUGUGAAAUGAUUGAUGGUGGAGUGAGAGAGAGCUGAAGCACACGCUCCAGGUUGCAGGCAGGUGAGAUGUUUGUGUGAUCCAAACAGCCAAGCCUCAGCUGACAUACAGUCCAGUCAAACCUAGCGUGACACAAAGGUGGAAGAUGGACUAUUUUCCUCCUCUUCUAUGAUCCAUACAUUAAAAUAAUAUAUAAAAAUUUCUUAUCAGAGGCAGGCUUCACUAAAACAUGACCAGAAAGAGGCUUGACUUGAGGGGCUGCCACUGGAGGAGCAGUUUCCACCGUCUAGCGCUUUCCAUCGUCCUUGUCGCUGUCCUCCUGGCCUGGAGGGGGAGCUGCCAUCCCCAGUGUUUGGAUUACAAGCCUCCGUUCGAACCCCGGGAGCCACUGGUCUUCUGCAAAGAGUACUCCAAGUUUGGCUGCUGUGAUCUGGACAAGGACAAUGAGAUAUCCAGUCGGUUUUACGGCAUCAUGGAUCACUUUGACCAUUCAGGCUUCUUCACCUGCGGGAAGUACAUUCGAAGCAUCCUCUGCCAGGAGUGUUCUCCAUAUGCCGCUCACCUCUUUGAUGCUGAAGAUGCCAACACUCCCAUGAGGGUCCUUCCAGGUCUGUGUGGUUCCUACUGCAGCGACUACUGGCACCAGUGUCGCUACACUCUCAGCCUCCUGAUGGAAAAUCUCGUGGGGCCACAGCACUUGGCAAACUUCACUGCGAGUAUUGAAGACGACCAGAGGAGGUUCUGUGACUUUCUGGAGCUGAAGGACAAGCAGUACUGCUACCCUAACGUUCUCACCAAUACAGAGCUGAACGCCAACCUGGGGUCCGUCCGUGCGGACCCUCAGGGCUGCCUGGAGUUGUGCCUACAGGAGGUGGCAAACGGACUCCGAAAUCCAGUCGCCAUGAUUCAUGCCGACGACGGAAGCCACCGAUUCUUCGUGGCCGAGCAGCUCGGGUACGUUUGGGUGUACCUGGCCAACGGGUCCAGGAUCGACAGGCCCUUCCUCAACCUGACCCAGGCCGUCCUCACGUCGCCCUGGACCGGAGACGAGAGGGGCUUCCUCUGCAUCGCCCUUCACCCGAGAUUCUCCCAAGUCAGAAAAGCUUACGUUUAUUACUCCGUCUCUGUGAAGAAGGAGGAGCGGAUCCGAAUCAGCGAGUUCACACUGUCGCCUCACGACGACAAUCAGCUGGACCACUCUUCGGAGAGAACCAUUCUGGAGGUGGUGGAACCAGCGUCCAACCAUAACGGGGGGCAGCUUCUCUUCGGCCAGGACGGAUACCUCUACAUAUUUAUCGGUGACGGGGGGCGAGCCGGCGACCCUUUUGGCAAGUUUGGCAACGCACAGAACAAGUCGGUGCUUCUCGGCAAAGUCCUGCGAGUCGAUGUGAACAACAACGACGAUGGCGCUCCGUACAGCAUUCCCUCUGACAAUCCCUUCCUGGGAGAGGAGGAGACACGACCAGAGAUCUAUGCAUACGGCGUGCGGAACAUGUGGCGCUGCUCCAUCGAUCGAGGAGACCCCACGACAGGACUGGGACGUGGCAGGAUGUUCUGCGGAGACGUCGGCCAGAACAAAUACGAAGAGGUGGACCUGAUUGUUAAAGGAGGGAACUAUGGCUGGAGAGCCAAGGAAGGCUUCAGCUGCUACGAUCGAAAACUGUGUCAGAACUCUUCUCUGGGUGAGGUCCAUCGUGUGGACUGCUCUUUCAUGCUCAUUCAGAUGGAAAACUCUGGCUUUUUUCUGCUUCCAUCAGACGACAUCUUGCCCAUAUUCGCCUACCCUCACAAACUGGGGAAGUCGGUGACUGGAGGCUACAUCUACAGAGGCUGUCAGAUGCCCAAUCUUAACGGCCUCUACAUAUUUGGAGAUUUCAUGAGUGGGCGUCUGAUGUCACUGAAGGAGGACGCCACCACUGGAGAAUGGCAGUACAAUGAGAUCUGUAUGGGACGAGACCAGACGUGCAGAUUCCCCAAACUUAUCAACAGUUACUACAGAUACAUCAUGUCCUUUGCUGAGGAUGAGGCUGGAGAGCUGUACUUCCUGGCCACUGGGGCGCCCAGCGCAAAAGCAAGAGCAGGAGUCAUCUACAAGAUCGUGGAUCCCUCCAGGCGAGCGCCUCCUGGAAAAUGCAGUGUCAAACCUUCCCCCGUCAAGAUAAAGGGCAAACUCGUCCACUUCUACCCAAAAGAAGAAUAUAUAAUCAACAAAAAACCCACAACCACGCCUGCGCCAACAACCACCACAAGAAAACCACCGCCGACAACAAAAACACCAAGAAAAGCUACACCGUCGCCGGCCGUGAAAAACCCCACCAAGAAACCUCCAGCAGCGGCCGCAACAACCACCAGGAAAACAGGGCAAACACGAAAAGCGCCGACAGUCAAGGCGCCGACAGUCAAAGCAGCGACUCCUGCACCCACCACUGGUUAUUACACAGCCGCCAUGACAGUGGGCUCUUCCAGGAAGGCUCCUAUGGCCACACCCGCUUCCUCCAGAAGACAAGGAAACCCCACCCAGCAUCCACUAGCAGCUAACCCUUCUGCCGCCCAGCCAAGAGUGAUGACCACCUCCAGACCAUCGCCGACCACAAAUCCAAAAAGCCAUGACGCCACGGUGCGGCUGGGAGAGACGGACGCCGGAGAGGCCAACCAGGUGAAUAAGAGACAGAGAGGAAGAGGGAGGAAGAGAGGGAAAGGAGGCCGGCGGAUACAUGCCGGCUCCGUUCGACUGGUGAGCGCAGAUGGCUUAGUCGAUCGAGGGAGAGUGGAGAUAUUCGUCCGAGGAGAGUGGGGGACGGUGUGUGACGACCUCUUCACCAGCAAGGCAGGCACUGUCGUGUGCAGACAGCUGGGCUUCACCACCGCGCUGGCGGUGAUGAAGAGGGCGGCGCUGGGGGAGGCGGACAGCACCGUCAGGAUCUUACUGGACGACGUGGAGUGUGAGGGGAGUGAGGCCUCGCUGCUGGCGUGCAAGAGAUCCAAGGUCGGGAAGCACAACUGCGCUCACUCCGAGGAUGUCGGAGUGAUUUGUGGUUAGGACUGUGUCAAACAAAGUACAGCGAGGAGAAGAAGACGCCGAGCCACGGCACACCACUUCAGUCCCGGCUGGUCAGAACCAUACUAAUAUUUAAUAUCCUCUUAUUACAUUCUGCAAAGCAAAUCUCAAACCACAAAACCCAAGCACGAGACUUGCUCAAGGGCUUGGAGGCUGCUGGGUUUGGCUUCCUUGGCACGGCCUGGUGAGCUGCUCAAUGGCUCCUCAUUCGACUAACUCAAGGUCAGAUCGAGAUCCGGACUGAUUCAGUGUCACCUCAAAUCCCUGCUGUCCAGGUGAAACUGUGACUAUUGACUUCAGGUGAAACCGUCGUGGGAUACGCUCCAAUAAAGAGCAGAGCUAAUGCUCAAAAGCUAGCGCACAACAGGGAUGAAACCAUGUAAAGUACAGGAGCUAUUUUGACUGAAUCCAUCGCAGCAAAUACGAUCAAUGCACUUUACAAACAGGAAGUUAGAGAAAUAAGUGAUCAACGUACUUCACACUAGCUGUUUGAGGUUGAUCUGAAUGUAAAAGUUGAUACAAUACUGCUGGAACUCACGCUUAAACCUGUUUUUGAGGUUUACGUUUUCACGAGUUUUUGGACUGUUCACAACAGGCCUUUUCUCCAAGGUGGCUGUAGGAUAUAUAUUUUCAUUUUGUUGUUGUUGAAAGAAUUCAAACAAGUCAAGGAAAU